UUUAGGUUUUAGCGAGCUUUGUUUACUUCCUCUUUGAAUUGCUGAUAAACUAACCAACAUGUUAAUUUAAAAUAGUUGAUAGUUUUAUGGUUAUCAAAUAGAUGAACAAUAUUUCAGCUGAUUUUCAUUGUUGAAUAUCAGCGUACUUGAACAGAACUAUAUAGCUUCUCGAGAAAAUGAUAAAAUGGGCUUUCAGUUUCCGAACUUGGCAGCCAACAAGAUCGGAGUGGAUGUUUUGUGGCCAGUGUAUACAGAGUGAAGAAAAAGACCGAAUUCAGAGAUUUGUUUUUAAGAAAGAUGCAAAAGCAGCCAUGAUUGGGCGGCUGUUGAUUCGAAAAGCAAUUGCAGAUUGCUUACACAUACCAUGUACAGAAAUCAAAUUAGGAAGAACAGAAAGGGGCAAACCUUUCCUUGAAAAUUCAGGACAGGAAGACUUUAGUUUUAAUGUUUCUCACCAUGGAGACUAUGCAGUUCUGGCAGCCACUAAAGAUGGAUUGGUUGGUGUGGAUGUCAUGAAGUAUGAAGUCAAAACUUCUGUACCAAAUUUUUUCCAUACUAUGAGGCGCCAGUUCACUGAUUCUGAAUGGAUUCAGAUACGGAAAUCAGCGGAGGAAAGUGAGCAGUUGAAAACAUUCUACAGACUCUGGUGUCUGAAAGAGAGUUAUGUGAAAGCUCUGGGAACAGGAAUAGGAUACGAUUUAAGUAAACUGAACUUUGAAUUCAAAAUGGACUUUUUGCAAGAAAACAAAGUUACAACAGAUACAAAGUUGAGAGUGUAUGAAGAGGAUCUUUCAGAAUGGACUUUUGAAGAACAUUCUCUUGACAACCACUGUAUUGUAGUGGCAAAGAAUCAAAAGACUCAAUCAUCCAGUGGAAACGAAACAGAUGAAAAUCCUUGUAGUUUCAAACUCUUAUCAUUAGAGGACUUAUUAGAAAAAGCCUCACCCAUAAGUGACCCUGAUGAAAGAUUCUGGGAAAACUUUCACCUUAAAGAUGAGGCACCUCAGAUUAAACAGAAAAAUAGUGAAUAAUUUUUAAAAAUCUUGAAUAUAUACUACUCUUCUAACACAUGAAAAAGAUUAUUUGUCAUUUUCAGUGUAUAAGCUGACAUACUGUUAAUGCAUGAAAAAGAUUUUUUGUCAUUUUCAGUGUAUAAGCUGACAUACUGUUAAUGCAUGAAAAAGAUUUUUUCUCAUUUUCAGUGUAUAAGCUGACAUACUGUUAUAGUAAACAGUUAUUUUGCUCUGUUGAAUUGUUAUAAAGCUGAAAAACUUUAAAUUCACCUAAAAUCUUGUGAAAUAUUUUAUUUUAUGACUACGUGUAUGCAGCAAUAAAAUGAAAUACAUAUGCA